AUGUUAUACAUAUACUAUUCAGCAGGCUUAAAAUUAAAAGAAAUAAUAGGAUAUGGGGUUAAACUUUUUAAGGAUCUUUUAGGAAAGAAUUCAGAAGAAUGGCUUAGAGAUUUUCAGAAAAAUGUAAUAGCAAAUCAAAUAAAUUUUGCACCUGAUGCAGAUGAAAUAGCUGGCAGAGCGAAAAUAGAUCUUUUAUUUGAGCUAUAUCUAGAAGAGCUAGCAAUCACAGAAAUUGGUAAAGUUGGUGUAGAAAUUGCAACUGGAGUUAAUUUAAUUUCCACCAGUACAUUUAAUGAAGAUUGGUCUAUUGCAGGUAAAAAACUUACAGUGAAUGUUUCAGUAGCUUUAAAUGCAGGAGAAGAACUUCUCACAGUUACAAUUGCGCCUGUAUUUGGCCAACUUGCACAAGGAUCUAUGCUAAUAGAGCAGUUUGUUAAUCAUAUUAAAAGGAUUGAAAAUAUUACAAAAACUCUAGUAGAAACAGAAAAAUUUAUAUUAAUUCAGAAGCAAGCAGAUACACUAUCAUCUUUUUCAAUUGCUCAACCAUCUAUUAUACAACCUGGACAUUAUACAGAUACAGAUAUUAAAAAGCUUCAGGCUAAAAAGACUUUAACUAAAAAGUCUGAUCUUGGUAAGAAAAAAGCUGAUCAGAUUCAUUCAGAUUGCUUUUUUGAAGAAGUUAUAAAAAAUAUGGAUGACAAUCCUAAUGAAAAUGAUGAUCCUGUUGAAAAGAUGUGUAAGCCGUAG